UUAUAUUAAGCUUUGCAUGCAAGAAGUGGUGUAGUAGAGCAGAGAGAAGAGGCUCUCUUCUUCUUCCUCCUCCUCCCACUCUUCCUUCUUUCUCUGGACCACAGGCUUAAUAGUAGUAGACCCAUCCCUUCUUGGUUUUCUGCAAACACGCAAACUCUAAUAAGCCUAUGUUUCUCUCUCUCCAUAGCACUUUACUCCUCUGUGUGUGUGUUUGUGUGAAGAAGAGGGUGGUGUAUUAUAUUGGAGGCCAUUAACUUGUCUUCAGCAAGAAGAUCUGUGAGGAGGCCUCCUGUGCUUGUGUUGGUAGGGGGUGCCGCUCUUGAGGUGGUCAGGGAUGAGUAAGGAGGAAGUCCUCAAGAUUCAGACUUGUGUUCUGAAAGUGAACAUCCACUGUGAUGGGUGCCAGAAGAAGGUCAAGAAGAUCCUCCACAAGAUUGAAGGCGUGUACCAGAGCAGCAUAGAUGCUGAGCAGGGGAAGGUGACGGUGUCCGGCCUGGUGGAUCCGGCCACCAUUAUCAAGAAGCUAAACAAGGCCGGCAAGCCGGCGGAGCUGUGGGGUUCCAAGGUCGGGGUGGCGGCGGUGAACAGCCAGUUUCAAAAGCUUCACCUUGACGGCGGUGGCAAGGGCGGGCAGCCCAAGGAUGGUGGUGGCAAGGGGCAGCCCAAGGACGCCGGCGGCAAGGGACAGAAGGGCGGCGGCGGCGGCGGUGGCAACAACGGUGGAGGCGGCAGCAAAGACGUGAAGAUGAUGCUGCCGCCGCAGAUGCCGCAGCCGACGCCGCAGCAGCUUCAGCAGCUGCAGCAACAGCUGCAGAUGAAGGGGCUGAAGCUGCCGCAGUUCAUGGACGGCAAGAUGCCGUUCGCGGCGGCCGCGCCGAUCAAGGACCCCAAGUCCGUCAAGUUCAGCCUUCCUCCCGAGGAUGACUUCGGGGAUGACGGCAGCGAGUUCGACGACGAGUUCGACGAGUUCGAUGAUGACGAAGACUUUGACGACGACGGUCUCGACGACGACUACUACGACGAUCCCAAGAUGAUGAAGCAGAUGGCCAUGCCGCCACCAAACGCCGGCGGUGGGGGCGACAAGAAGGGUGGCAACAAUGGAGGCGGCAAGAAGGGCGGCGGCGGAAACGAGAUCCCCGUGCAGAUCAAGGGGAACGCCAACAACGGCGGCGGCGGCAAGAAGGAUGCGGGUGGCAAGCACAACCAAGGUGGCGGAGGCGGCAACGGCCAAGGCGGCGGCAAGAACGGCGGCGGAGGGCAGCCGAACAACGCCAAGGGGGGUGGUGGCGCCCCGAACGGCGGCAACCAUCCUGCCCAGGGGAAGAAGGGCGGCGGCGGCCCCGCCGUCGGUGUCGGUGGCCCGAUGGGCGGCAUGCCGGCGCAGCAGCAGGCCAUGAUGAGGCCUGGCAUGAUGGCGGGUGGUGCCGGUUUCCCCGGAAUGGGCCAGAUGGGCGGCGGGCCCAUGACCAUGCCGAUGGGCCACCACCCCCACAUGGGGAUGGGGGGCGUGCAGGGCGGCGGCCCCGGCGCCGUGCAGGGAAUGGCUCCGGCGGCGUUCUACCAGGGCGGCGGCGGCGGCGGAGGCGGAGGAAUGCCGUCCGCGACGGCGGAGAUGCUGCAAGCCGCCGCGGCGGCCGGCAACCCCAUGGCCCAGCAGCAGUACAUGGCCAUGAUGCAGCAGCAACAGCAGCACCAGAUGAUGAUGAACGGCCACCACCACGGGCACGCCGGUGGUGCUCCGGCGGGGUACCCGGCGAUGGGAUACGGGUACGGCCGGCCGCCGAUGCCGUACACGAUGUCCUACCCAAUGCAGCCGCAUCCGCAUGCCGACCCCUACAACUACUUCAGUGACGAGAACCCCAACAGCUGCUCGGUGAUGUGAGCCUGCACAGUGGCCAUGGUUGCUUUCUUCCUCAUACUGCUGCUGCUGCUCACGGAGGAAGAAACCAUCAGGUCACAGGUGAUCGUCAUCAUGGUUGAGAUGCUCUGGAUCAGUCAACCAAACCAGUAUACACCAUGGGAAAUGAGUCCCAUCUAGAUCGCUCCCCUCUUUUUUUUUUCACUUUCUUCUUCUUUUUUCUUAGCUCGUUUUCACCUUUCUUUUAAAGGAGAACUCAACUUCCUUGAAGGCGAAGGUAGGUAUAGUAAUUAUCUAUAGUUUUUCAUAAGAGAUGAUGAUGGUGCUUUUAUAGUCCAAGAAGGAAGGUGGUGAUGGUGGUGGAGGUUUCCUUCUUGAUCCAUAAUGUUGGUGAAAUGGUGAUGCAUGGUAGAUGAACAAUGUGCAAAAACAAAUGUGUUGCCAA